UUCCCCAACAAACCUGCGGAUGCGCGAGACGAUGGCGCCCCAAGCGCACCGCUCUUGCCCACUCAUUCUUCUUACUCGACGGAGGAGCGUCGGUCGAGAAAUCUUUAGGUAAUUCUACUCUCGCCCUCUUCGAUUCGAUCUCCAUUUCGGUCCGAUCUGACUUCAGGGCGAAGAUGGUCCGAUCUGAUCUGAGUUUUUCCUCUCGUUCUCGAUGUUCUCUUGCCAAUCUCGGCGACUUCUGUGUCUUCCGUUAGAUUUCAUGUGGGGAGUAGAGUUUCUUGAAGCCCUUUGCCCUUCUCCGUUUAUUAGUGAUGAACGAGCCUGUUUAGCCGGCUGUUCGCGAAGGAGGUGAUGAGGAUCUUGAUGGUUGGGCUUAAUGCAGCCAGUAAAACCACGAUCUUGUUGUACAAGCUCAAGCUCGGAGAGAGAUCGCUACUACCAUCCUCGCUCUCGGAUUCAAUGUGGAGACCAUGGAGUACAAAAACAUUAGUUUCACCAUUUGGGAUGUUGGUGGCCAAAAUAAGCAAUGACAGAGACUGUAUUAUCGAGGCAAGGGAUGAACUCCAUAGGAUGCUUAAUGAGGAUGAGUUACCUGAUGCUGUAUUGCUUGUUUUUGCAAAUAAGCAAGAUAGUCCCAGCACAAUGAAUACAGCCGAAAUUACUGAUAAGCUUGGGUUUCAUUCCCUGUCUCAGCGAUGCCGGCUUUAAACUUUAGCCGCAACUUGUUGCUCAAGAAUUGGUGGUAACCAGGAGAUUGGAGAUCUCCUGGAUCAGCCUGUGUCCCACCUGCAUCUGCGAGAGAAGAUUGUGAAGAGGUUGCGUUCGAUCAGAGUUGGGACCAAAAACCAGCCACAUGAAUGAGUGUAGUACAUCCAUCGUCAACCUGUCAGCCUUGAUCUACUUCAUCAGAGAAUUCGUGAGCCAUGGAGGUCACCGUGCGCUCUGGUGAUACAACGCCAGCUCUGCCCUCCGAAGCUCGCAAGAACGUGGACUCGAACUCUGCCCUCCCGCCUGCUGACGAGGUCGGACCUUCCUCUAGGCCGGAAGACAUGGCAGCGCAGUCGCCGGAUGACGCUGAGAACGAUGACGACCUGCAAGUGGAAGAUAUCGAGGCACAGAUAUGGCAUCUGAAGGCACGGCUGAAACGCAUCAGGGACGGGAAGCAGAGCAGGAAGCGGCAACACUCGACUGAUCCCGCCACUCUGAGUGAGCUGGAGGAGCAGUCGCGGAAGAAGAAGAUGUCGCGAGCCCAGGAUGGGAUUCUAAGGUACAUGAUCAAGCUCACGGAAGUCUGCAACGCCCAAGGCUUCGUCUACGGCAUCAUCCCCGAGAAGGGCAAGCCGGUGAGCGGCGCCUCCGACAGCCUGAGAGCCUGGUGGAAGGAGAAGGUGCGAUUCGACCGGAACGGCCCGGCGGCGUUGCAGAGGUACCGGAUGGAGCACCCGGUCCUUGUGCCCGACGCCGACUGCACUCCUCAGAUCUCCAUCUCCAAGAUACUGCUCGAGCUGCAGGACACAACGCUGGGCUCCCUGCUGUCUGCUCUGAUCCAGCACUGUGAUCCUCCGCAGCGACGGUUCCCGCUCGAGCGGGGGGUUCCGCCGCCGUGGUGGCCGACCACAAAGGAGGACUGGUGGCCCGAGAUGGGGUUCCCGGAGGACCAAGGUCCGCCGCCGUACCGGAAACCGCACGACCUCCGGAAAGCGUGGAAGACGAGCGUACUCAUCGCUGUCAUCAAGCACAUGGCGCCCAACCUCGAGAAGAUAAGGAGGCUCGUCCGGCAUUCCAAGUGCCUCCAAGAGAAGAUGACGGCAAAGGAAAGCAUGCUCUGGAACUCGGUGCUCGAUCAAGAGAGCCGGCUGCUGCAUGGCCAAUCGCUCCCCGACGCGACUGGGCAUUCCCACUUCUACACUGCGUCCGUGAGCAGCAGCCCCAGCGACUACGACGUGAAAGAAGUCGAGAACGUCCCAAAUGCCGGUCUCCUGGACCAGAUCGCGGCGCAGUCGGGCACUGGGAAGGAGGAGGCCGGAGCUCGACUUUCUCCAUAUCACGAUCAGAUGAUGGCGGAUUACUCUCAAAAGAGGGUGGCAGCCGAUGAGCCCGACCAAAGGAUCUAUACAUGCGAUCACCCUCGAUGCCCGCACCACGAUUACACCCACGGCUUCCUCGACCCGGGCUCGAGAGCUCUUCACCAGAUCCACUGUGCGUAUCGCAACGCCAUGAGUCAGCCACAGUCUCAGUUUCUGGGGUUCCAAGUGAAUGAUAACAGAAGAAGCGCCGUUCUCUCUGCGCCCCGUCUCGACAAGCCAAUCAUGAAUGGUGGCGGACCUGCUCUUGUUUCACCUGACGUUGCUGGAAUCGGAGUCGCAGCUGGUGGUCACAAGUCCAUAGGUGAACUCUGCAACUUCUACGACGCCAAUCUCCCGAUGCAUGCAGCAGCAGCAGCUCAGGCUGAUAUGAACCGGCUGCAGCUUCAGAUCCAGAUGCAAGCCAAUGCUCUGCAGCCAGCUUCCGCUCCAAACCGGAUUCAGCAGUCUCCUCUGCAUCCUGCUCAUCAGAGAAGCGGUUCGAUGGCUCCUCAAGCUGCCGCGUCCAUGGAUCAGAAUGCUCUGCACCCGACGAUGUUCAUGGAGGGAAACUACGUCGCACAGAGUACUCCAAGAUUUGUCGGCGAUUGCUUCGGAGACGUCAGCAACAGCAUGCACCAGAGCCAAGAUUUACAGGCACAAAGCUUUCCUUUCGAUCCAACUUCGGGGAACCAAAACGCUGAUGUGCACACCAGAUUCACAUUCACUUCUCUUCUCAACAGUUCGAGCGGGGAAGUCAACGACGCAAUGGGUGGACGGCUGGGCGACUCGCUGCCGAAGAAAGAGGACUACGGCUGGAGAUUCUAAAAGCAGACUCACGGCACCGCCGCCUGGUCGGGAACGGCGUUCUUUGCAUCGUUUAGUCAAACACCGCAAUUUGUUUCUCCUCUGCUUCAUUGUUCUAGUGAUUUGGUAAUUUAUUAGAUUUGCAUAUUUACCACUGCUCGUAAUUCCU